AUGUCGAUGGAGGUGAAUAACGACCCAGAAGAAAAUGUCUAUCUCUUUCAUGAGCCCAAUCAGCAGGAAUCAAUUCUUCGACACCUACUCGACCAGAGUUGUCCUUGUGGACAGGCCAGUGAAGAUGCUGAAAAGAUAUUACAUGACACUCAAAAACGCAUCGAGAAUAAUAUCGAAAGUCUGGACUAUCUUCGUGGAAUAAGUCGCUUGGAGAGGGACUUCGUCCACUUAGCGGACAAAGUUGUUCAAACCUCUCUUCAUUUGUCUCACGACUGCCGAAACAUCAAUCGAGAGGCACUCGAUUCGGCGCGACUCAACGAGGAGGUGGGCAACUCCUGGGAGCACAUUACACAUUUGGGCUACAUGCUGCAGACUCAUGUCAACCACGCCAAACGCUACCACCUGUUCCACUUGGAGCUUGAAAAUCUUACACGUCAAGUGGAUGAGUUGGAGGCCCAUGUGGAUGAUCUGAAGGUCCAUCAGGCAGCCACGGAAUCAGCAAUCAACACUUUCUGCAAGGAAAUUCGACAGUCUCUGGAGUUCUUCGUAGAGGCCUUCAUGAACUGGCAAAAGCUCAACAGUCAACUGUCCAUUGUAAAUCCUCUGCAUCGCCGAAUGCCUCUGCUCCACGGCCUCCACAGUGGGGUACUGAUGGCUUCCAUUAGUCUAUCAUCUGCCAAUGGGAAAGUUGGACGCUUCCUUCGAGCAGGCACACGCGUCCACGUGCGUGCCAAUCGCCCAGCCGAUUUGAUGCACAGAGAAUGGUUUCUAGUCGAUCCGUCAAAGGGCAUGGAGCCAGGAGGAAUGGUGAUUGGAUCUGUUCCCGCCGCCUUUGUUUGGUUGAAUUCACCUGAAACAUCGCCUGAAAGGGCCGAGACCGAUGAUGUGAUGGUGCGAAGGGAGGUGGAGAUUAGAAGGAGUCAGUCAACAUCAGCGAUACCACGGAGAUUAAACAACUUAGUAAUGGUCAAAGACCAGGACCAGAUGGCUUGUCACCCAGAAUCAAGCCAAACCCUCUCCAACCGUAAAGCGUCUGAAGCUAUGGACAUUGUUCGUCAGAAAUUUGAUAGCCUGGAUCGUGUACAUGUCAUGGAAAGACGUCUAAUCAAAGACUUUGUGGUUAAGGGCUGCAUCGCACUUGCAUUUUCCCCCUUAAGAGUGGAUCCAAGUCGCAAGUAG